ACUUCUUCAAACAAGUUUCAACACUCAGUCAGUACUAUACGAAACUUCGCAUCGUUCACACUUAAAUAUCUAACGAAAUUUCAUUGGAAAAAAAAUGGAUAGUGAAUUAGUGGAAGAAGUUCCCAGAUUUCUCAAUGAAGCUUACAUUGAGGGUUUGGUGAAGAAAAUUGAAAAUUCCAAUGAAAUUAAACUGACAAAAUUUGAAUUGAAACCAGUGACGAAGAAAGGUAAUCACUACGCAAGUGUUAUGAUUCGAAUAAUUGUGGAUUAUGUAUUGGAAUCAAAGACUACGAAAGAAGUGUCUCUUAUCCUGAAAACUACAUAUGAUGAGAAACACAGUGAAGAAGAGGGUAUGAAGAUAUUAAAAGACUUCGAUAUUCAUAGUCGAGAGAUGACAAUGUAUAGAACAAUUCUGAAUGACUUCCAUAGUCUUUUGACUUCAAUUGGUGACAAUACAGUCUUUAGUGCACGAAGGUAUUGUGAGGAUCUAUCUACCAAUACCCUUGUCUUUGAAGAUCUCAUCGCUCGUAACUACAGAUGUGCCAACAGAAUUGAGCGACUUGAUCUCAAUCAUGCUAAAUUGGCUCUACGGAAAUUGGCCAAAUUUCAUGCAACUUCAAUUGUCUACAAACAGAAGAAUCCUCAGGCUUAUGUCACAUUUGAUAAGGCAUUCUUAUCUCGGGACUACGUAGAUGCCCGUGACUUUUGCUUGAAGAACUAUGAUGCUCUCACAAAGGUCGUCUCAAAAUGGCCUGGAUAUGAGUAUUAUGCGAAAAAAUUGACUAAAUUCAGGGAUAUGUUCAUCGAAAGGGGUAUAGAUUUGUACACCCCAGAUGAAUCAGAGAUCAACGUACUACUUCAUGGUGAUUUCUGGACCAACAAUAUGAUGUUUAAGUAUGACAGUGAGAAUAAUCCAAUUGAUGUUCUAUUUGUGGACUUCCAAUUACCGUAUUGGAUAACCCCCGCCGUUGAUAUUCUCUACUUUAUUCAUACGUCUCUAAAAGAAGAUUUACGUAUGCAUAAACAAAAUGAAUUAGUGCAAUUUUACUACUAUGCUCUUAAAGAAAUAUUAAUUGAUGGUUAUAAGUAUGACGGCAAAUUUCCCACACUUCAUGAAUUUCAAAUAAUCAUCUUAAAGAAAAGUCUCCAAGUUCUCAUCUCUGCUUUUCUGGUUCAACCCAUCAUCCUUUUGGAUGAGAAAGUUGACUCUGAUAUGUUUCUUCUCAUGGGAACAGAUGAAAAAAGCAUGCAAUUUACUGAAAAUCUAUUUCAUAAUCCAAAUGUUGUGCAAGCUGUUAAAAAUGUUCUACCCCUUUUGGAUGCUCAAGGAAUAUUGGAUUAACAAGACAAUAGAAUCGACCAAUUUUUACCUUAAUAAGAACAUCACUUUAAAAAUCAAUAGACAAAUCAUUUCAAUUAGUAUACACCACACUAUUGAAAUUAUUGUAAAUAAUAAAUUAUUCAAAUAUAGUAGAGUCCAUACUCUACACAAUACACAUUACACAUCCAUCAAUUAUAAAUUGUACCUUUCAAUUUGACUAUUAAAUUAAACCUAUUGAUAUGCCAUGCUUUUAAUUGUUUUCCACUGAAGCACAUGAAAAGAAUUUUGAAUAAAAUAUGAUGCGAAAAUUGUCACAA